AGGGCCAGCUCUCUUUUAGGCCGUAAUUGUGGCUUUUCUCCAGCUGCUUCCCAGCAGGGAAGAAAGCCGGCCCGGAGACUCUAGACCCACCCCCAACCCUGGGACACCCAGUGCAAAGCUGCAUGCUCCCAAGCCAUGCCCACAGGUUGUGGUGGGAACACAAAUUUUUAACUGGGUAUGUAGAUCAUUAACAGUUGGGGGGGGGAAAGGAGUCCAAACUCAGUCCCCCUGUGGUCACAGACAGCUGAGCCUCCAGACCUCCCGCAGAAAUGCUAGGCCCCCAAAUCUGGGCCUCCAUGAGGCUGGGGCUAAGCAGGGGCUUAUCUAGGAAUGUGAAGGGCAAGAAGGUAGACAUUGCCGGCAUCUACCCACCCGUGACCACCCCAUUCACCGCCACCGCAGAGGUAGACUAUGGGAAACUGGAAGAGAACCUGAACAGACUGGCCACCUUCCCCUUUCGAGGCUUCGUGGUCCAGGGCUCUACUGGAGAGUUUCCGUUCCUGACCAGCCUCGAGCGCCUGGAGGUGGUGAGCCGCGUGCGCCAGGCCAUACCCAAGGACAAGCUCCUGAUAGCCGGCUCUGGCUGCGAGUCCACGCAAGCCACAGUAGAGAUGACUGUCAGCAUGGCUCAGGUGGGUGCUGAUGUCGCCAUGGUGGUGACCCCUUGUUACUAUCGUGGCCGCAUGAGCAGCGCUGCCCUCAUUCACCACUACACCAAGGUUGCUGACGUUUCUCCAAUCCCUGUGGUGUUGUACAGUGUCCCAGCCAACACAGGGCUAGAGCUGCCUGUGGAUGCUGUGGUUACAUUGUCUCAGCACCCGAAUAUCAUCGGCUUGAAGGACAGUGGUGGAGAUGUGACCAGGAUUGGGCUGAUAGUUCACAAGACCAGCAAGCAGGAUUUCCAGGUGUUGGCUGGGUCCGCUGGCUUCCUCCUGGCCAGCUAUGCUGUGGGAGCUGUUGGGGGCAUAUGUGGCUUGGCCAAUGUCUUGGGGGCCCAGGUGUGCCAACUGGAAAGACUCUGCCUCACAGGGCAGUGGGAAGCUGCCCAGGAGCUACAGCAUCGCCUCAUCGAGCCCAACACUGCGGUGACCCGGCGUUUCGGAAUACCAGGGUUGAAGAAAACCAUGGACUGGUUUGGCUACUAUGGAGGUCCCUGCCGUGCCCCCUUGCAGGAGCUGAGCCCCACAGAGGAGGAGGCUCUGCGCUUGGAUUUCAGCAACAACGGCUGGCUUUAAUGACAAGCAGGAGACGCCUGGCCUGAGCUAUCUGGGCCUCUUCUUCCCACAGCCUGAGGAGGAGCAGGACAUUAGGAAUUAGGGCUUAUUUUUGUCUAUGUUCUCUUGCUGUGAAGAGACACCAUGACCAUGGCAAUUCAUAAAAGAAAGUGUUUAAUGGUGGCUGGCUUACAGUUUCAGAGGUUCAGUCCAUUAUCAUCAUGGCAGGGAGCAUGGCAGCCUGCAGGCAUUCAUGGUGCUAAAGAAGUAGCCGAGAGUUCUACAUCUAGAUCUACAGGAAGCAGGAACAGAAAGCUACUCGGCCUUGCUUGGACUUUCGAAAACCUCAAAGCCCCUCUCCAGUGACACAGCCUCCAGCAAGGCCACGCCUCCUAAUCCUUUCAAAUAGUGCCACUCCCUAAGCAUUUAUAUAUGUUAACUGGGGGGGGGGGCAUUCUUAAUCAAACCACCACAUUCCACCCCCUGGCCUCAUAGGCUUGUAGCUAUAGUAUAAUGAAAAAUGCAUUUAGUCCAACUUCAAAAGUGUCCGUAGUCUAUCAGUCUGAAGACUGCUUAAAACUCCAAAGUUCAAAGUCUCUUCUGAGGCUCACUGUAAAAUUAAAAUAAAAAACCAGGAUCAGGUAUUUCCAACAUACAA